AUGGAUCCUGUGUCUUUUAAUCAUCCAAAUAUUUGGUCAUUCAUAAAAUUUCUACAAGGAGAAGAAAAUCGUUUUCACCAUAUACGUGUUCAAUUUAAUACAGGUUUAGGAGCAAGACCAAAACAAGCGAAAACAAUAGCUAUUCAACGUUGUGUAGAUAAUCUUGGUGAACGAUAUUAUGACGGUACUAUAAAUGCUAUGGAAUUCUUAGAUGGUUUAUCAUUUACAGUUGCUAAGCGAAAAAAUGACACAUUGCCAUUUUUUUUUAUUAUCUAUAUUUGA